AAAAACUUAAUAAAAUUGAUUCAUCAGCUUCUGCUGAUGCUAUUAAGGCUUUCAAAGAAUUAGCAAAUACAAAAUGGUGUUUACGCAAACUAAAUUCACCAAUCAGUACUAUGUUAUCUCAAACCUAUAUGAACUCAAUCAUUUCAAAAGUUUGGGCAAAAGAUCAACCUACUAAAGAUAAUAAAGUUUUUGCGAUUACUAUGUGUUUUUACAUUCUUGACUCAAAAUAUGAAGGCAUGAAAUUAGAUCCUGAAAAG